AUGACAGUUACAAACUUAGAAGAGAAACAAUACUUAGAUUUGUGUGAGAGAAUUAUAAAAGAGGGUGAAUUUAGACCAGACAGAACAGGUACAGGCUGUACUGACGCUAAGAAACUAUCCGAUCAAGGUGUUAAAAUAUGGGAAGGAAAUGGGUCCCGUGAAUACUUGGACAAGAUGGGUUUUGUUGACAGAAGAGAAGGUGAUCUAGGUCCAGUCUAUGGUUUCCAAUGGAGACAUUUUGGUGCUGAAUACAAGACCUGUGAAGAUGACUACACAGGUCAAGGUGUUGAUCAACUGAAAGAAGUUAUCCACAAGUUGAAGACAAAUCCAUACGACAGAAGAAUAAUCAUGAGUGCGUGGAACCCACCUGAUUUUCCUAAAAUGGCAUUGCCUCCAUGUCAUGUUUUUUCCCAAUUUUACGUUAACUUUCCAAAGGAUGGCAAGCCACAACUUUCUUGCCUGUUAUACCAGAGAUCUUGUGAUAUGGGCCUUGGUGUUCCUUUCAAUAUUGCAUCUUAUGCACUAUUAACAAAAAUGAUUGCACAUGUUUGUGAUAUGGAACCAGGUGAAUUUAUUCACACAUUAGGUGAUGCCCAUGUAUAUAAGGACCACGUUGAUGCAUUGAAGGAACAAAUAUCAAGAACUCCAAGAGACUUCCCAAAACUGAGGAUAAAUAGGAAGGUAUCUGACAUUGAUGACUUUAAAUUUGAGGAUUUUGUGUUAGAGGAAUACGAUCCACAUCCAAGAAUUCAAAUGAAUAUGAGUGUUUAA